AUGGCAUCCUCCUCCUCAGCGUCCAAUCACCUGCAGAGAAUGCCUUCCAGCAUUGCUGAACUAGCUCAGAAAGCCCGUAACAACCCCCUACGAGAGAAUCAAAGCCUCAAAUACUACCUCAAGCAUGCAGAGAGUAAUCGAAGGGAAGCUUUCAAGUUCGCUGAAGCGGGAGAUCUAGAGUCUGCAUUUAUCUUCUUUGCGAGGACAGCGUCUUUGGUGUUGGAAACGCUACCCUCACACCCGGAUUAUAAGACGGCGUUGGAUGAUAACCAGAGGGCAAAUCUGAAUAUGAAUAGACAAGAGAUUAUUGACAACCUUGGACAGCUGAAAACACGAAUCAGCGAUCGUUACGAGGCGUACAGGAGAGACCAUCCAGAGGCAGAAGAAUCUCACCAACGAGCAUUGCAAGCUCAAAUCGAGUAUGAAGGAUCUCAGAGUAUUCAGUUACCGUCCGUUCCAGAUGAUCGAGAACGGAAAGACAAAGCUUUGCAGGAAGUUCAGGACAGGGCAACAAAACUUAGCGACGAACUCGUCCAACUUCACAUGAACGAUCCCAACCUCCGUGCGAGGGCUAACAUUCCAUUUGCGACGGAGAAGGCUAUAGAAUCUGCGAGAGAGCAGCUUGGGGUCCGAGAGAAAGGCCGCCUCAUUCUCAGCCAUCGUCAUCGAGGAAUUCGGACGAAGUAUUGCGGGAACGCACUACUAGGGCUCUUGCUCUCAAAAGUGCAGUCGCCGCGGCUGCUACGAAGAGUGCACCUGCUUAUGUUCCUAUGCCAGCCCCACCAAGGAGCUCGCCGUACUCGGUUGACUAUCCAACGACGCGACACAACGCCACUGCGGCACAGACAUCUCUCGGUAUGCCUGUUGCAUCCCCAGUUGUAA